UCAGCUAGUCUGGCGCUAGUCAGUGUUGCGAGCAGCUAACGUGUGUGUGAAUGGUUGAGCUCCUCUCAUGGUGUCAGUGUGCUCGUCUUUCUCUCCUGUAGUGUCUACUGUGGAUGUGAGACAUGCAGGACAGGUACAGUGAGGUCGGGUUCGUCCAGCAGAUACUCGGCUUGAAUUUAGUGCCGAGAAAGAACGGCACACACCGAGGCAACGACACCUCGCUCAGCGACUUCUCAGAGAUGUGGUAUGGAGUGUUUCUGUGGGCAGCCGUCUCCUCUCUGGUCUUCCACCUGCCUGCUGCCCUGCUGUCCCUCGCCACGCUGAGACAGCACAAGAUGGCCAGAUUCAUGCCCAUAGCCAUCCUCCUCAUGGGCAUUGUGGGGCCGGUGUGUGGAGGAGUCCUCACCAGUGCAGCCAUAGCCGGCGUGUACAAAGCAGCGGGGAAGAGGAUGAUCUCUCUGGAGGCUCUCGUCUUCGGUGUGGGACAGUCCUUCUGCGUCCUCAUCAUCUCCUUCCUCAGGGUACUAGCCACCCUCUAGCAGUGCUGAGGCCCGCCUGGCUGGAGACCCCACGCCGGUCCCAGCCUCUAUUGACGGGACCUGAAUUUAACACUUGACCUUUUUGUGAACCCCCGGGACACACGGCGACCAAUCAGGCCCCCCGAGACAUGAUGUCAUUACCUGCUGACGGACCAGGAGCAGAAUGGAUGUUAUUCAGAGCAGGGCAGAAGUGAUGCUGCAUUCACAUCAUACAGCAACCACACCCUACAGAAGAGCUGCUUGUUUAAAGUGAACACUAAACCUGAGAUCUCACAUUAUCAGGACUCUUCAGGCUCUGGCACUGCAUUCCUUAUUUAUUCCAAAGUCCAGAGAAGCCCUGAUUUAAACAGUGAUUCCUGUAUGAUGUGACAGCAGCAGGAUGCUCUUCUCCUCUGUCAGCAGCAAGAUGGAUUCUCCCUCUGACACUAACUUCUCUCAGGAGCUGUGUGUGUGUGUGUGUAUGUGUGUGUUUGACUGUCAGACACUGAACAGCAAAAUGUGGACUGACAGGAAGAUGACGCUUAUAUGCAAGAUUCUGGCUUUUUUUCCCCCCUUCUUGAGGCCUUAAUUUCUAUUUUUCUAACUUCCAAAGUGGUGUUUCUCUUCAGGGCUGUCUUUCUUUAACACUCUGUCUCUUGCUGCUCCUUUUAUGCUCUUCCAUUGUUAUUUUAUUUUAUUUUUUAUUUGAAUUUAUGAGUUAGAAGCGCCUACAUUGUUCCCUUCUAGCUUCCAGUCUUGAAGCCCUGCACACACAGCGUAGAGAAUGUCCUCCCACUUUUUCUGCUCAUCUUCUUGCUUUGUUUUCUCAGAGUGAACGCAGCAGAGUUUUGUGAACACAGGGUGCAAAGAUGCUCCCAUUACUAAACAAGCCCCCAAUUGUCUUCAAAUCAUCUUUUACAGGUGUGUCAUUUUUGUGACAGUGAACUGAUUUGUAUAUACAUAUUCUCAAAUUGUUUCCAGGUCUUUGUAGCUUUCAAUCUUUAUGACCAAAUAUAAAAAAAAAGCUGUUUGUUUUUUUUCUGCACUAAAAUGUGCAUCAGCUGGUUCAAUAGGAGUGUGCUCCUGUUUAGUUUUUACUGGGCUCAUCAAAUUUCCACAGCCUCCAGUGACUGUUUUGACAUGGUUUAAACUGGUGGUGUGUAUGUUUCCCCAACACGCUUACACACACUAAAUGUACAUGUAAUCCUCUGCAUUUGCAAGUGAUGCUGUUUCUCUAUUAGCAUCUGCUUUUCAUUUGAUAUUUAACUUUAUGUAAGCUGCUCCUGUCAACAGCUGAAUGAGUCAUUUCCAAAAACACACACUCAUCUUUUGCUUCCAUUCACUUCUAUCAAAUUCUCCCACCGCUUAUAAACUAUCCUCAGCUAGUUUGGUUAGAACUAGCUGAGCAUAUCAGCUAAAAAUAUUUAAAGGAGCAGUGUGCAGGAGUUAGUGGCAUCUAGUGGUGAGGGUUCAGAUUGCAAACGACUGAAUACAUCUCCUCUCACCGUCCUCUUCCAAGCUUAUAGAAGAACUAGGGCUGGGUAUCAACUGAAAUAAAUCGAUAGUAUUGAAAUGUCUCCCAUCAAACGUCAUCCCAUUCUGCUAGAUGCCACAAAAUUAUACACGCUGCACCUUUAAGGUUGAAACAAAGUCCAUAUAGAAACAUGCAUAUUGAAGUGAACCUGGAGAAGUUUUUUUCUUUUAAAUUCUAGUGCAGAUUGUUUUGCACUUGACAUUCCAAUUAGAAAAUGUUUUUCCCCCAUAAGUCUCUGCUCAUGUCAUAAUAAUAAUCCUCUAAACAUAAUGCAGCCACACUCGACUGCACUGAAUUCUCUACAUCUUAAACUGCAGCCGUAUUUGCAUAUUUUCCUCAUAAUUCCCCCUGAAAAAUGUUCUUCCCCCCCCCCCCCCCCCCCCCCGAACCAAAGACUGAGCUGGAAUUCUACACUUGCAGUCUGUACGUCACCAGCUACACUUCAGUCUUUUCCUCCAUCUGUCAGUUACAUAAUAAGCGGUGCCUCAGCGGUGAGCAGGCAGCAAAUCAAAUUAAAGCUAGAAUGUAAUUUUGGCUGCAGAUUAUUUUUGGGAAGCAAAGAUUGGUGAAACGAGGACAUUAUAAAUGACAAGACUAGAGAAAUUGAGCAACCUUUGCUUUUUCUCUGCUUGGAAACACAUGAAAUGAUGAAUCUUUAACUUUUUAGAGCCAUAAAAUGAGAAUAAUCUCUGCCACACACAAACACCAUUAACUGCUUAAAGAGUAUUGAUUUAUGUUGAAAAAUGUCAAUGAUUUUAUAUUCAGCUGUGAGCGGCUCAUUGUACAUACAGUAUGCCGGGGAUGCACACAGUCAUUUGAGGAGAGAGAAAUGAAAGUACAACACUGGAAAAUCAGCAUACUUAUUGAAAUGUCAGGCUGAUGCAGAGAUGAAGGAGCCUUGUGUGAAAUGAAGUCUGGUUGAGCCCUGGGCCUUUGCUUUUACGCUGUACAUUUUGAAGAAUGUUUAUUUUUUUAUGGUUGUGUAAAUUAGCUGUGUGUGUGUAUGUGUGUGUGUGUGCGCGUGUGUGUGUGUGUGUGCUCUCUGGUUCUGUUACAGCAGCAGAUAUCGUGAGGUUGACACUGAAACCUUCACAUUGAUCAUUUUAGUCUGGAUAUUUUCUUCCACUGGUAUUUAUCACUAAUGGUAACUCACUCACUUUUUACUCUGUCAUUGAAAGCAUCAUCAGUUAUCUAAUGUGCUGAUUUGACUAAGCUAACUAGCACUUUAUUACCACUAAAUAUCUCAGUAAUCACACUGAACUACUCUUUCAUUAAAGGCAAAAGGUCAGACUGCAUGAGUGUGAGAUGAUGGUAAAUAUGUUAUUCUUUACAUUCUGCUUUCGGAUCAGUUGAAAGUCCAUGUCUGUCAGCUGCUUAAAGGGGAAUGUGAAGUCAGAGCACAAAAAGAAGAUUUAGUAAUACUAAUGAAAAAUAACUGCAGGAGAGGCUCAGUUCUUCCAGGAAAAGGGAGGGAAAAAGUAUGAAAAGUUAACAAUAAAAUGAAGAUACUAUUCCAAUAUUUGAAAUUAUUAGUUCGAAAGUUUGACUCAUUUUUACUUAAGUCAUAAUUUUGAUUUGUUAUGAGUAUUUGUGUCUUUUUUUUCCUGGCAGAAAUGAGCCUCCAUACAGCCAGUUGUCCAAAUACAAUGACUUUACUUAACCUUCAAUAAACCUGCUGCCUGCUGGGAUAUAUUCUACCAAAUAGACUCCAAACACACUAUAAUACAUUACAGGCUAAGCUGUUCAAAUACAACAGAGUAAAAUGAUGCUGGAGUUUCUGCUGUAAUGGAACCAGUUAUCAUGUGGUUUCAGCUGGAGUUUGUUCCAUUUUUACAAGAUUUCAAAGGUUUUAAAGGUUGAUUUUACUAUAGUAAAUUAAGU